UUUGCACAUGUGUGAUAAUUUUUUACAUUUAAUUUUUGUUUUUCCUAUAAAUUAAGACUAUUCCAGGUUAAAAAUGCCGCCAAAGUUCGAUCCCACUGAAAUUAAAUUAGUGUACUUGCGCUGUGUCGGCGGUGAAGUUGGUGCCACUUCCUCUUUGGCUCCUAAGAUUGGUCCCUUGGGUUUGUCCCCCAAGAAAGUUGGUGAUGAUAUCGCCAAAGCUACUUCAGACUGGAAGGGAUUGAAAAUCACCGUAUGUCUUACCAUUCAAAACAGACAGGCUGCCAUCUCAGUUGUUCCAUCUGCCGCUUCCUUAAUCAUUAAGGCCUUGAAAGAACCUCCACGCGACAGAAAGAAGCAAAAGAACAUCAAACACUCUGGCAAUGUUUCCUUCGACGAUAUCCUGUCUAUUGCUCGCGUCAUGAGACCCAGAUCAAUGGCCCGCGGUUUAGAUGGUACUUGCAAAGAAAUUUUGGGAACAGCUCAAAGUGUUGGCUGCACCGUUGAUGGCCGUGCCCCACAUGAUAUCAUUGAUGACAUUAACAUCGGCGCUGUUGAAGUUCCAUCAGAGUAGAUUUUAUUUGUAGGUCCAUUAUUAAAUUUGUGCCGAAUGGGUAAACAUUAAAAUGUUUUGAUAUUUAAAAAAAAA